CUAAAGCAGUGUCCAGUAAUAGAGCUAGUGUAAAAGUGCCCGGAAGAACCGUUGUGCAUACCGGUGGCUGAGUGAUCCGCUCUCCAGCGUGCUUGAUAGUUAACUGGUAUCGGAAGAUACCGGAAGUGAGCACUAGAGCACCUGAGAUGAUGCGCUGCCACUAGCGGGUGCAGAUCACUCUUCUCUCCUCAAGUGCCAGCACAAGUGAAACGCGCAACAUGAAGCUACGUCUGGGGCGCCCCCUGCUGCUGGCAGUGUUCUUUAUCAUUGUGAUAUUCGCCGACCACAUACGAUGUGAGGAGGAACCAUCGGCCACGGCGGCUAAGCCGGCCAAAAAGAAGACGAAAAAAAGCAAAACCAAGAAGCUGGCUACAAAGAAUCUCAAGAAGGCACGCCCGGAUCGCCCACAGGCCGAUCGACCGCAAGCACAGGCCCCCGAGUACGACAACGCCUACGACUACAACGAAUCCUAUGACUAUGGCGAGGGUGAUACGGACUACGAAGGCGAAAAUGCCUCGAACCGACGUUCCGAGACCGGCUUUCGGCAACCGGAUGACGAGGUUCCUCGGGAACGCGUGGUUGUCACUAGCACCACACCGCGCGCUCCGGAACCGGAAGCGAUCGUUCAACCGUUCACUUGCUAUUACGAAGGUUCGUGGUACCGGGAGAACGAUGUCUUCCAGUCGGGAUACCAAGGUUGUGCCACUUGCCGGUGCCGUAAUACUGUCGUCACGUGCGACGAUGCCGAUUGUCCUCGUGUAACACCGGAACCGAGAACGACAUCCACCACAACCACCACCACCACCACCACGACAACCACGGAGAAGCCCGAGUUUGAUGCAUCUGCCGUUGGCAAUCGAUAUCCGGCGGCACCUGUCGGUGAACCAGGCAUUCCGGGAGAGGCGGGCCAGCCGGGAUUGCCGGGUACUCCUGGCAUUCCAGGACCAGCGGGGCCACCAGGACCAGCACCGGAUCUAACGUUCUACACCCAACAGCUGCAAGAGUCCAUGGGUGGUGCUGAUAAGGGCCCGGGACCGGAAAACUUCCAGUUUAUGCAGGCACAGGUUGGACCAGUGGGUCCGAGGGGUCCACCGGGACCUGCCGGACCUACGGGACCUCAAGGAUUCCAAGGAACGCGUGGUGAAGCGGGAGAACCGGGCCCACCCGGGGUUGGGGGUCCUCCAGGACCUCGUGGACUGCCUGGUGCACCUGGCAAAGAUGGUGCGGCUGGAGAUGAUGGUGAAACCGGUCCGCAAGGGCCAGUUGGUUUACCGGGACCACGGGGUCUACCCGGAAUGCCCGGCGUUCCGGGGCUUAAAGGUCAUCAAGGGUUGCCAGGACCGGAAGGCACGAAAGGAGAAACCGGAGCGAUUGGAGAGAAGGGAUCCGUUGGAUCUACGGGUCCUGCAGGAGUUGCUGGUGCGACCGGACCUUCUGGGCCUCGAGGCGAACGUGGACGUGAAGGACCACCGGGACCACCGGGUUUGAGAGGCAUCGAUGGAAUUGCUGGCCCUGCAGGACCACCGGGACCUGUAGGAAACCCGGGUCCACCUGGAUUCCCUGGCAGCAAUGGAGCUAAAGGUGAUAUGGGUGCCGCGGGUCCGAAAGGCAGCCAAGGACCGCAAGGACCUCGAGGAGAGUCUGGACGACCAGGUCAGCCAGGAGAACCAGGAUUGAAUGGACCUCCAGGCAAGGAUGGUAUUCCGGGAGAGAAGGGAAGUCCGGGAUCCACGGGACUGGCUGGUCCCCCCGGAUUUCCGGGUGCUCGUGGUUCUCCGGGGGAGAACGGUAGUCCAGGAGAUAGUGGCCCGAAAGGCGAACCAGGAUUCCCCGGUGAACGAGGCUAUAAGGGAGAAGCAGGCAUCAAAGGUGAAGCUGGCACGCCAGGACCUCGGGGAUUGCCGGGAGCGGUUGGACCGGAAGGCAAACGAGGCAAACGAGGAAUGAGGGGUCCUGCUGGAUUGUCCGGUCCUCAGGGUGAACGUGGUCUACCUGGAUCUCCCGGGCUGCCUGGACCGGACGGUGCUCAAGGCGUGAAGGGACAAUCAGGAGAUCGUGGAGCUAUGGGACCACAAGGACCGAAGGGAUCGAGUGGAGACCCCGGAUCACCAGGUCCAGCAGGUAUUCAAGGACUACGAGGACAACCAGGUCGUCCUGGAGCGCAAGGAAAAGCUGGAUCUCCGGGAGAGCGCGGCCUGCCUGGAGCUGACGGUAAAGUUGGUGAGCCGGGAGUCCAAGGACUGCAGGGUCUUCCUGGCCCGAUCGGUUUGCCAGGAGAUAAGGGUUUCACGGGAGAACCUGGCAAGGAUGGCGACAUUGGACCACCGGGAGCUGUCGGACCACGAGGUGAUGCUGGAAAAGAUGGACCUCCAGGUAUUUCGGGCCCGCCAGGCCCACCGGGUAACGAUGGAGAACGUGGCCCACCGGGAGCGAGCGGACCGAGAGGUUUUCAAGGGCUUCCGGGGACUCCUGGAAAUCCUGGAGCACAAGGCAAAGAUGGUCAAAAUGGCCCCCCAGGACAACCAGGACCCAUUGGACAGCAAGGUGCUCGUGGUGAACGAGGGUUCCCGGGAGAGAGGGGCCCCGUCGGCAAUCCAGGAACUCCGGGACUGCGCGGUGAGCCAGGAGUUCAAGGAAACGAUGGACCACCGGGACCUGCUGGAGCAAAUGGAAUGAAGGGACAUCAAGGAGCACCGGGAAUGGUCGGAAUGCCCGGUUUGAGAGGACCUGCUGGACCUGCUGGCGAGAAGGGUGAACGAGGCAGUUCGGGACCGACGGGACCGGAGGGUCCUGCUGGACGAAUUGGAGAACGUGGACUUCAGGGCCCCAUGGGUCCACCAGGACCACCGGGAGAGCCAGCUGAAAAGGGCGAACCAGGCAAUGCGGGCACUCCGGGAGAGCCAGGAGCAGCAGGAGCUGUCGGUGAUCGCGGUCCGGUCGGUCCGCAAGGUCUCCAAGGUUUCCCCGGACCACAGGGACCGGUUGGUGCCCCUGGAUCCAAGGGCGAUCGAGGAAGCAUGGGUCUAAAGGGAGAACAAGGAAAUUCAGGACUUCCAGGAGUUCCAGGCGAAGCAGGCCCACAAGGAUUGAUCGGUCUUACGGGCUCCAAGGGUGCUCGAGGAGAGCCUGGACUGCGCGGAGAAUCUGGACCAAUGGGCACUCCGGGACGACCAGGAGAUCAAGGACCUAUUGGUCAAACUGGAAAUCCUGGUUCUCCAGGUACGCCGGGUACUCCAGGCAUUAAAGGAAAUCCCGGAGAUACGGGUCGUCCCGGAAAUGCAGGACCCCAGGGAUUGCCAGGACCUCAAGGAAUCGAAGGCUUGAAGGGAGAAGCUGGCAGUGAUGGACCUCCGGGACCUCCAGGGAACCAAGGCCCUCAUGGUGUGCCCGGUGAUCGUGGGCUACCGGGACUGCCUGGUCCUCAAGGUGCUCAAGGCUCACGGGGCAUGAGAGGUGCGGCAGGUGAGGCUGGACAUCCAGGAAAACCCGGCAACGAUGGUCCACCCGGUCCGCCGGGUCAAUUGGGACCCGCUGGCCCACCGGGCCCUACGGGAGAUACCGGCCCAGAAGGUUUGCCAGGCAAACAGGGUCCACCAGGACUGGCCGGUCGAGCCGGAGACAAGGGACCGGUUGGAGCCCAAGGACCUCAGGGUACUUCCGGUGCUCCUGGCUUGCCUGGACCGCCUGGACCGCAAGGACCCGCCGGCCUGACUGGUGAACGUGGAUUACGAGGUGAAACUGGACCGCAAGGAACCGAUGGACCUCCAGGACCGCGUGGAAAAGCUGGACCGCCAGGCAUUGAGGGACCAAAGGGAGACAACGGAGAACCGGGAAUGAAGGGCGUAAAGGGUCAUCGAGGAUUGAUCGGUCUGCAAGGCUUACCGGGACCUGCUGGUCCACCAGGAGACAAGGGCAACGUUGGCAACGAAGGACCCUCCGGCAAACCAGGUGAGCCUGGCCCAAGAGGUCCACCUGGUCGCGAUGGAUCCAUUGGACCACAGGGAAUGCUGGGUGGUUCAGGACCUCGUGGUCCUCCUGGAAAUGAUGGCAAACCGGGACAACCGGGUAAUCCUGGACCUCCUGGCCCACCAGGACCACCGGGCGAUGGCAUUGGUUACGAUGCUGCUGCACUUGCUGCACUUCUUGGCCAUGGUCAAAUGAGCAACACCAAGGGUCCGGAUCCUAACCAAGGCGAUGAGCCAAUGAAUCUUGGCCGUGUAUUCGAACUGACGGACGAAGAACGGCAGAAGCUGGUGGAGAAUGCUUACGAGAAGCUGAAGACUGCCUUCGGUACGUUCAAGAAUCCGGAUGGCAAGCAGGGUUCACCGGCCAAGACGUGUCGCGAUCUGUUCGUAGCCCAUCCCGAAUUCACUUCGGGACACUACUGGAUCGAUCCGAAUGAAGGUGAUGCCCGAGAUUCCAUCCUGGUAUACUGCGACGCCCAGAAGAAGGCUUCCUGUGUGCUGCCGCAGCCACUCCGCACCAAAGAGAUUGUUUACGAUGGCGACGAAGAAGAGGUGUGGCUUGGUGAGCUGAAGGAAGGCAUGAAGAUCACCUACAAGUCGGACAGCAACCAGAUCGGCUUCCUUCAGCUUCUAUCGGCCACUGCCUCCCAGAACAUUACGUAUCACUGCCGGAACAGUGUGGCGUUCUUCAACAAGGAGAAGAAUAGCUACCGACAGAGCUUGAAACUGUUGGCCUGGAACGAUGCUGAGCUGACGGCUCGUGGACCGCAACGACUGCGGUACGAGGCUUUGCAGGACGAUUGCCAGCACCGUGCGGCCCAUUAUGGCCAAUCGGUACUGAGCUACAGCACGGAUAAGCCAACGCGAUUGCCAAUCAUCGAUAUCGCCAUUCGCGAUAUUGGAGACGCUGACCAGCAGUUCUGGAUCGAGAUCGGGGCGGUCUGCUUCCAGUGAUGGACCAGCGGGCUGAUAAGGUAACGCAACAACAACAACAACAAACGAUGAUACGAUGAUCCUUCCCGAGAACAACGAAAACUUAUGUGACGCUGAACGAUGUGCCUUCAGCCAAGACUAAGAAAAGUGUAGAUUCCUCUUCGUGCUGUUCCUCCUUUGCCAGUAAGUAGUAGAUCAAGAAAAAGAUGCGCUCGUGUGUAUGUGUACAAAACUAAAAUAAAUUAAGUUAAAUC